CAAGAUUGUUAAACCAAACAGUGGCAAGGCGUCGUCCGAAAUGGUCUAUUUAACAGCUUUACUAAUAUGGUUCACCAUAACGUUUUAUCACAGCUGUAAUUGUGAACAAGAAAAAAGCAAUCAUACAAUAAAUUACCCGACGGAGUAUCACCUUAGAGCCGAGGAAAUUAAUCUCGUGACGGGCAUUGUGAAGCCAUUUGAGGUUUGGUACAGUGAAAAGUUGGAUCGUUAUCGGAGUGAUUACUUUGGUGGAUCCUGCAAAGAGUAUUACGUUAGCAAAGCCAAGAAACCUUAUGGGAUUUUAUAUACAACACAUCCGAUAGCCACUAUGGAUUUAAAGAACGAAAUUGUAUGUAACAAAGUGAAGUUAAAAGGUUCGAUGGAGAAUUUGUUGCCAGACACGGAAAACUUGGAGCCAAACGGUGAAACGGAGUACGACGGUAGAAAAAUCCAAAUUUGGUACGGUGAGACGACUGUCUUAGGGAUCGUGGGCGGUCGAGUAGAAGAGACUCUAUGGACGUACAGGUUGGCUGAUGGAAAAGAUGUUCCCAUAAGGUAUGAAAGUAAAAAAUCGAAAUCAUGGAACGGACAUAUUUUUAAACAUACAAUAACGAACUAUUAUAAUUUCAAUUCAACUGUGCUACUUGAAGAUUUAACACUCAGCGAUGAUUUAGAUUGCACAUUUGACGCAAAAUUUGGUAAAAAUCUGAAAGAGGAUCUACAGAUAUUGCAUCCUGAUAUACCUUCACACGUCAACUUAGGAUACACAAGUUACUUGCAACACCAUAAAAAGAAAUAUAUAGAAAGCGAACACGACUUUCGGAAGGACAUUUUCUCACAUAACUGGAGACACAUCAGAGAACAUAAUUUGAAGAAUUUGAGCUACAAAAUGGCGAUAAACGAAUUCUCCGACCGCACUGAUGAGGAACUCAAAUAUUUAACUGGAACCAGAGCUCCGCAUGAGAAAGUUGAAGGCACACAUCCAUUCCCCUAUACGUUGGAACAAGUGGACGCUUUGGUGGAAGAGUUACCGAAAGAGUUGGAUCUAAGACUUGAAGGAUUCAUCAGGCCAAUUAAAUCUCAGGGUCACUGUGGCUCCUGCUGGGCUUUCUCCUCAACAGCCGCUGUGGAAGGAGCUAUAGCCAAAAGCCUUGGAGGGAAGAGUUUCGACCUAAGCGAGCAAUCACUUGUUGACUGUGCUUGGGGAUAUGGUAAUGAGGGGUGCAAUGGUGGUAUGUUGGACACGGCGUUCGAAUAUAUUGCAAAAAAUGGUAUUCCAACAUCUGAGGACUACGGAACUUAUGAGGAACUGGACGAUUACUGUGAGCUAGAGAACGUGUCGUCUGUACACGAGAUUGUUGGCUUCACACGUGUGACACCCAGAAGCCCAAACUCCUUGAAGGUAGCUCUAAACAAGUACGGACCGGUUGCGGUGGCUAUUCAUGUCAAUAUGAACAUGAAGCAAUACUCAAGUGGAAUUUACUACGAUCCUGAAUGCCAAGGUCAGGACAUCAACCAUGGAGUAACAAUAAUCGGGUACGGCGUUCGUGAUGACCAGGAGUACUGGAUAGUCCGUAACUCCUGGGGCACGGAUUGGGGCGAAGGCGGCUACAUUUUGAUGGCUGCUGACAUUGAUAACUGUUCCAUAUUAGACUAUCCUUACUAUGCAAUUGUAUAAUUAAAGAAGUAUUAAUAUUGUAUUUAAAUAUUAAAUAUUCCACGUACAUAA